CUAUGGUUUUAUCCAUACUAUGUCUAUGGUUUUAUCUGACGUAUGACGCAUAUUGACGUACGUAUCGGAGCUGUUGGAAAGAGCAUGAGAAAUGUAAAAUACGCAUAGUAAUCUCAUAUGAAACACGUAUAUCACGAAAAUUGACGAGUCAAAAAGAAACUUAUUGUUAGUAUCUAUAGCGAAAAACUACUUGCCAACAAGCGCGUAAGCUGCUGUUUCAAAUAUGGUUUAUGUGACAGACGAUGGAAGUGUAGUAAAAUCUACUCCAUGGGGAUUAAAGAGAGUUUUUGGGCUUUUCACAGGAGUAAUUUAUAUGAUCAUUAUGUUUUUUCAGACAUUAAUCAAUCCUGGUAUGAAUAGAGCAGAAAGUCAAUAUACAAGAGAUUACCGACCAGGAUCUGGGCCGCGUCCUCCACCACGUAGGCUUGGUAGACCAAAUACAGGAAAUAAUGUCGACAUUCCAUUCUUCGGAGGUUGUAGUAGUUGCGCGAGAUAAAAUAUUUUUAAAAAUUUAUUUACUAUAUAUUUAAAUAUGAAAGAGAUUUGAACUAACUCAUUGAUAUUGAUAUAAUUGAAAGAUGGAAUAUGCAAUUGUAUUUAUGUCAAUUGGUCUAGUGUCUUCUAUUAUGGAAUAGUAAAUAACUUUAUCUAUAAUUCUGUUAUGGUUACCAUGUAUGUUUACAUGUGCCAUAAUGGAUGAAUACAGGCAAAAACGGGAAUCGUUAAGCACACUGGAAUAUACAAUGCAACCAAUUAUACCAUUUUAUUGACAAACGUUUUCUUUACUUCUUUGUAUUGUUCUUACUUCUUUAUUGUAUUUGGAUAAUUAAUCAAUAUAUCAAAAUUUAUUUUUACAGCAAUUAUGUCUUAUUAUGGAUAUUUUUUUCAUAAAUUUUAUAAAAUAUUUGAGUCUCUUUUAUAUAUCAACUUUUAAUAACUUGAGGAUUCCAUUACAUUUAUUUUGUCGUACGACGAGUUUGUCAAAUGUAUCAGUUAAUUAUUGGACAGAGAAUUUCUAGGAUUUCCAAAGUUUCUUGCAACAGCAGUCGAUCAAUACAUCCAACAAAGCUUGUCGAACGACAAAUGUAAUAAUGCCCCAAGACUAUUUCUUUAACAUAUAUUUAACAUCAUAGGCUCUUUAAUCAUUAAGAGAUUCAAAUAAUGCAGAACUAUAAUUGAUACAAUCAUUAAUGAAAAUAAUAAAUAAUAUCAAUAAUGAAUAUAAUGAUCGUAUCUUUAUUGGACAUAUUAAAUUAAUUUGACAUUCAACAUAUAUUACAAACACACAAAUAUUUUGCAUGAUACAUAUUAACUAAGGAAAAAGUCUUUAAGUCAGUAAAAAACAAUCUUCUGUAUUAUUGUAAAUAAAAUAAAGUAACAAC